AAGACUUCUCUACCUGUCAUUUCAUCACCAAUCUUCCUCAUACUCGCUUUAACAAAUCUUCACAAACCUCUUUCCCAAUCUUCAAGCAUGGGUUCUACACAAGAUCUUGGCGAACUUCAGCCUCUUGUUGACGUCCUCAGCGCCGCCUCUGAUAUCACCCAGGGACAUGAAGCUCUCGCCGAGUUUGUGUCCUCUGGUCCUACCACGGCUGCUGCUGGCGACGCAACUCUCGCUGACAUCGUCGCUCAACUGAAUGCGGCCGCCGGCGGUCCGGACCAAGAGGUGAAGGAUGGCAAGACCCCCAUGCCCCAGAACGUCACAAUCUUGCCACCUUACACGGAAGCAAAUGCAAUUCAGAACUACAACUAUCUGGUGGACAUCUCGUCCAUUGUGUCCCUCUACACAGCCAUCUGGAAUGCAAAUGCUCGCAGCAAGCGUGGCCAUCCUGAGCCAUACAACAUCACCAUUGCAAGCGAAGCUGCCCAGUCCUUCGCCGACAUGGCCAACUCUGCUUACAAUGUCAUGUCGGGGCCGCUUGCUGGGUUCUUCAACUUUGCGAAUGGCUCCGUCACCACCUUCAAGAAGGAGAUGUCCAAGACAGAAGUGCAUCUCGAGUUCCUUGCCGAGCUGUUCAAGGGGUUCAGCCUGACCAAGCCUGCCAUCCUGCAGCUCGACGGCAUCUUGACCAACUUCAUCUCGUCCCUGAAGACGGUCAAUGUCGAGACCGGCUCGACCAACAACACCGUCGACCAGACCCUGCGCAUUAACCAGGUCAUGCGGCUCAACAUCUCUGGCGACGAAGCCAACCCCAUCUGGGUGUUCCAGCCCCGCACCCGCAUCGUGUACAUGCACAUCGACGCGUCGACCUGGCGCUGGGCGACCAACAAGGCCGAGCACACGAGCCAGAGCUUCAACAUGAACUACACGGUCGCCGACUUUGACCUCAACGUCAACAAGUGGCUCGCCUCCCAGGACAAACUGAACAAGGUGUUUGAGACAGUCAGUGGCAAGUCGAUCUCGGAGUAUGGAAAGUUGAUCAACCCCGACCCCGUCAACCCCGAGAAGUAG